AUGGCGCAAACUGUCGCCCUCCGCCGUCGCCAGAACAAGAGCUGCGAUCAGUGUCGAGCUGGCAAACGUCGAUGCGAUGUCGAAGUCGCUGUCCACGAGGCGCCGACAAUCAGCGGUCUCAAUUUCUCUUCGAGCGAUGACCACGACGCGAUGAAUGUCUUUGCCUCCUCUCCCUGCACAAAUUGUAAGAAGUGGAAAAAGGCAUGUACAAUCGAAUGGAUCAAGUCGCAUCAACGGCGUCAGUCAACCACCUCCAAACGCCGGCGAGGGUCCAAAGGAAUGUCGCACGCAGUAGAUGACACGGCCAGCCAGGAUGUGUGGGCGGACGGCGUCUCUAAUCUUCCACAGGAGGAUAUUGACUCGAUGCUCACCGACUCUCUCAACAGGUCGAUAUCCAGAGAAACGUUUCCGGAUGGCUCGAUAGCAUCCUUAUCCACAGGUACCAUGUUUGAGAGUUUGAAUGGAUCGCAACACGAAGAUAAUGCCUCUCUCAUGAACUCACAGCUCAAUCAGCCCUUCUACGACUUUACUCCGGUCGACUGCCCCGAGCCCUAUCCAACCAAUUAUUACAUGGCUCAGCCAAUGCUCGAUCCGGAUGUCGCCAUUGAUGGCCAAUCUUCAACGAGUUACCUCUCGGACGGUUCGAACUCUUGGAGCCAACCCAUAUCGAACCCUCAGUCAGUAGUUGACAGCCAGGACCAGGAGUCAGUGGCGCAGGAACGUCGAUUCUCCCCUCCAUUCUAUGGAAAUGGCCUGACCAAGAAAACGGCAUCACCCUUUGCCUCGCACUUUCUGGCGGAAGAUCAUAGUCGGCUCUACAUUAAAAAGGGCCUGCUCAAAAUCUACCACGACUCCCUAGAAGGUGCUUUGAGCUGUUGGCUGAUUGAGAGGAAUUGCCCCUAUGCGUCUAGUCCGUUUAUGGACCAACGAGACGCAUGGAGCUCCAAAUGGUCCAACAGGAUUGUGACACGGGUCCGUGCCCUGGACGACGCAUAUGCAAGGAGUGGCCUGCUAUCUCAGAGUGACCAAAAGCAGGCAUCCAAUGUCCUCAGCCUCGUGGUUAUGGCUUUCGCGGUGCAAUGGGCCCAAUCUCCCUUCGGAAAACACGACAACCUCAGCACUCAGCUACCUGAACAUGGAAUCUUUGGGCGCAAUAUGCAGAAAGCACUAUGGCAGAAGGCCAGUGCUGCUCUUAGUCAGGCCGUGGGCAACCCGUCCUUCAAGGUCAUAUUUGCCACCAUUAUCUUUUCUUUGACGCAACGUCCCAUCGAGUCGGCCGAGAUCCUUCCUAGCCCAGGGUCACGUCGACAGAAUGAUCUCGCGUCGCUACGGAAGAUCCUCGACCAUGACACCGGACCUAUCUUUUUGGACGUCGCCGUCCGCAAACUGCAUGAUCAUCAACGAAGACUCAAGGACGCCGAACGCUCUCAGAACGGCAGUCACGUCGCGUUACACACUUCGAUUGCUCUGGGUGAGCAGGACAAACAAACGUUUGGACUUAUGUUCUGGCUCGCCAUUAUGUUUGACACCAUAUCCGCAGCUAUGAAUCGACGGACUUUUGCUCUAAGUGAUGGUGAGACCAGCAUCACUGACGAUGAACCGAUCCCGGCGCCUCGUCUCGCAACAUCCGUCAACGGCUAUUCCUGUGAUCUUGAUGGGUAUUCCGGAUUCUCCAACAUGAACAGCGCCCAGUUGUCCCGCGAGUCGCAGGUAUGGGGCAACUAUUUUCUUCGCCAGCAGUCGCGAAUUGGCGAUGUUCGCAAGCAAACAACUCGCUGGCCAUGCUCCUAUGUCGAUGCUGCCGCAUGCCUGGCCGACGCUGCUCCGGUCAAAGUUCUUGUGUUCCGGAGGGUGGGACAUCUCCAAGAUCUGUAUUAUCAGCGCGCCACAGCUGAUGCGAUCGAGAAUGCCAUCGCUUCGACACUCGAAGUCUAUAACCACUGGAACAAUACAUAUGGUCGCUUCAUCUCUGACUGUAUAGCGAACCACGAGAGCCUCCCGGCUCGGAUUCAAUCCUGGUACAUCCUCCUAGCCAGCCACUGGCACCUUGCCAUCCUCAUUCUGGCGGAUUUGAUUGAGAAGCUGGAUGAUUCGAACAUGACUCUACCAGCAAACCGGACGGCCAGACAGACCACGGAGUUCUCUGCGGCGCUGAGAUUCCGCUCCGUAUACGCAGUUUCGGACCUCGGCCGAUGUUCACGCUUCAGUAACGAAGACUUGUCCUUUUCGCAAUCUCCGGAUUUCCACCAUGCGGUGAACAAGGCAGCAUUACUCACAGAACCAUGGACGGUAGUUUUGGUGCGUUCAUUCGCACAGGCUGGUGAAGUUCUGGUCAAACUUGUCCUGUCACGGCGAGAACCCGGACUUUUCAUGGACACCAACCACCUGUCAGAAGCAAGGAGUCGUCUGAAUGACUGUAUCGAGGCGUUGUGGCUGCUAGGAAGAAAGAGUGACAUGGCAUUAAGCGCCGCCAAAAUACUUCAGGAGGCUGUGAACCAGGGUACGGCAUAA